AUUUAGAAAGCGAUAUGGAGAAUACUCAGAGAGUAAAUCAUACUUCUUCUUCGUCUUCUUUUACUUGUGUUAUGUCUCUUGAUCAGCAAGGAGUAUCUUCCAUACCUGAGCGUUACGUUUUUCCAGCUUCACAGAGACCAAACCCUAAUGUUCAGAUCUCCACCACCAUUCCCAUUAUAGACUUGUCUUCUUUACAUGAUCCUUCUCUUAGGUCUCAAACCAUCCGCAAGAUAGCUUCCUGCAGCAAAGAACUUGGUGUCUUUCUGGUUAUUAAUCAUGGGAUUGAUCAAUAUGUAAUGGACGAUGCAAAGGAAACUGCGAGACAGUUCUUCAACUUGCCGAGUGAAGAAAAGAUGAAGUUAUAUUCUGAUGAUGUGAACAAACCUGUGAGGUAUGAUACAAGCUUUAACCAUGUUAAGGAUGAAGUUUACUGCUGGAGAGACUUCAUCAAACACUAUUCACAUCCUCUCUCUGAUUGGAUCCAUUUGUGGCCUUCUAAUCCACCAACUUACAGGGAAAAAAUGGGAAACUAUGCACAGGAAACGCAAGUUCUACAAAAACAAUUAGCUGAAUUAAUUUUUGAAAGCCUAGGGCUAAACCCUAAUUACUUAGAAGAAGAAAUCAAAGAAGGCUCCCAAGUCCUAGCAGUAAACUGCUACCCAGCUUGCCCAGAACCCGGACUCACUUUAGGGAUCCUGCCUCAUUCGGAUUUUGGGCUGAUCACGAUCUUGCUCCAAACCCGACCCGGGCUUGAAAUCAAGGACAAGGACAACAAUUGGGCUAGGGUUCCAUAUGUUGAAGGGUCUUUAGUGGUGCAACUGGGAGAUCAAAUGGAAAUACUAAGCAAUGGACUUUGCAAAAGUGUGAUUCACAGAGCAACAGUGAAUUGUGAAGCGAAGAGAUUGUCCAUAGCAAGUCUUCACAGCUUGGGAAUAGACACAAAGGUGGGUCCAGCCCCAAAACUUGUGGAUGAUCAACGAACAAAAUCCUACAAAGACUUCAGCUUCAGGGAAUAUCUCAACUUUCUAUCCUCUAAUGACAUUUCAAAGGGAAGGUUCAUAGACACUCUCAAAGUGAAGCCUUAG